GUAUAAAGACGUAUAAAAGCAAAUGUACUUGAAGUGGAUGCAUCUUAUAAAACUGCGCAAAACUAUAUGGAAUGAUUCUGAAGAGUCUGUUCAACUGGACAAGGACGUUCAUUUAAGUUCAUCUGGGUCAGCAAUGCAUAACACAACUUCUUUCAACUUGUUCAUCAAAGUCGCGUGGAAGCGUCGUUGAGCACUACGCAUGCGUAGCACACACAAUCCCGACACAGAUAGAAGUGAAAUAUCCACGUGCAGUAGAGAUCAGCAGGUAGGUGACUGAUUUGCCCUUGUCAAAAUGAACCGCGCCUUCAUUUCCCCAAUGGUGAGGCCAAACCUUCCUCUUCGAAGACCCGCUACUAAUCCUGGCGUGAUCUCUCCAUCUUGUUCCUCGCCAGUUGUAGCUGAGCAAAUCAGUUAUCAGGCACCUGAGCAACCUACACCAGAGGUCAAAGGACCCAUAAACAGGCAGUCAAGCAGACCUGUGUGUGCCAUGGACCUCUCCUCGACGAUGCUUGCCGUGCCUGGAUCAGCCACAGUGAAAUUGUGUAAUUAUUGUGGACAAGAAGGUCAGCUAAGAUGCUCUGGCUGUAAGAAGACCAACUACUGCUCUGUGUCGUGUCAGUCAGAGGAUUGGCCUGCCCAUAGACACGUCUGCAAGACUACUGCUGCAGACGUUGACCAAAGUGAGAAGCCAAAGGAAAGCCCAGCCAUGUCUGCUACCACUGGAGCUACUGUUGCAGAACCCAAGCCACAGGGGAAUGGUACGGAUGCCCCUCAGACCAAGAGGGUGUACGUACAGGACCUAAGCAAGAAUGACAUUCCCAAAGGAACUGAGAUUAAGGCCUUAGUGGUUGAUGUGCAAAGCCCCAGCAAGUUCUUCAUCCAUAUCCAUAGCGCAACGGUAGAGGAGUCUCUGAGAAAGAUCUCCAUGGAACUGCAGAACACCUGUGGUGGCUCAUCUGCCAGCCCCUACAGCCCUGACGUUGGGGAGAUUUGUGCUAUCAAGUUCUCUCAGGACCAGCACUGGUAUCGAGGUCUGGUGCAGACAGUCAGUGGAGAUCAGCAGAAUGCCAGAGUUCUCUACAUCGACUUUGGGAACGAAGAGGACGUCCCAUUCGACCGGAUCAGGCCUCUUCCAGACAGCAUUGACCGCACUGCUCCAAACGCGCUGCAGUGUCGCGUGGCCGGAGUGGCGGCCGCAGCGGGCGGCUGGAAGGAGGAGUGCAACAUCUUCCUCAGGCAGCUUCUCUAUGGGAAGAGUGCAGCCAUCCACGUGCUCAGCGUCACUGGGGAUGCUCAAAGACUCUACUCCGUAGAUAUGAAAGUGGCCUCCACUGAUAAGAUGCUGAGUAGCUUCCUCCUGGAGCAGGGCUACGCAGUGAAAAUCUCCCCAACCACUGAGCAGGAGAUUGACUCAAUGCUAAAUGCAUCUGUGGAGAAGUACCUUUGCCAGGUUGAUGCCCCAAGCAACAGUGCGGAAGCCCAGCACCCUUUCCUCCAGUUCCAGGAAGUGGGCGACUCUUUCACAGGAGUGGUCACCUACCUGCUCUCACCCGCUGACAUUGUGUGCCAGGUGGUGCAGAAUUCCCGUGUGAUCCAGGAGCUGCAGGUGAAGCUGAAGGAGCACUGCUCCCGCCUUCAGCCCAGCGACAGCUUCAAACCCAGCCUAGGGACUAUCUGUUGCGCCCUCUUCUCUGAGGAUAAAGAGUGGUACCGGGCGAAGGUGCUGAACUACACCUCAGAGACUCUCGCUUCCGUGAGCCUCAUUGACUACGGUAAUGUGGAGGAGGUGGAGCUGACUCACUUGUUGCCCAUCAGCGUUGAGCUGCUAGCGUUAGCCGCACAGGGCAUCCCCUGCAGCCUGGCAGGCAUCCUAGCCCCUGAGGGGAGCUGGCCCGAGCAGGCCGCCUUGAUACUGAAGAGGCUCGUGUCCAACCGCUUCCUGCGCGUGGAGGUCCGUGGCCGGCAGGCUGACCGCAUCCAGGUGGCCAUGGUGGACGAGUCCAGUGACCCCCAGACCGACAUGAGCGAGCUGCUGGUGUCCAUGGGCUAUGCGCUGGCAGAGCCCAAAGCUGCCCCAGCAGAAGCCCUGCAGCUGCAGACCACCCCCCAACCCAAGACGGGGGCUGGCCCAGGGGCUAUACCUAAAACCCCUGUAAUGAACGCCCCCAAGGCUCCGAAGCUGGAGUGGUCAUGCUCUGAGCUCCCGUGUGACGGCCAGUUGGCGGUCAUGGUGGCCAGUGUUAUCGAUAACCCGGGGGAGUUCUAUUGCUACCGCUACAUACCCGAAGACCUGCAGGCUCUGGCACAACUGUCCGCUGAGCUGCUGAAGCACUGUGAGGGAGAUGCUGCUCCCCUCAGCCCUGUGGUGGGAGAGCCCUGCUGUGCACUCUUCUCUGACGGCAGCUGGUACCGGGCCAUGGUGCAGAGCGUGGGGGCUGAUGGGAAGGUGCAGGUGUAUUUCGUGGACUACGGGAACAACUGCACGGUGGAGGCGACUCACCUGAGGACCAUGGAGCAGCGGCUGCUCACCCUUCCCUUCCUGGCCAUUCGCUGCUGGCUGGCAGGUGUGGAGCCAGUUGGUGGUCAGUGGGCCCAGGCUGCCAUUCAGAGAAUGCAGGAGCUGUGUGCUGGCCAGUACCUGACUGGACGCGUGGUCUCCAUCACUGAGCGUGGCUACGGCAUCGAGCUCCAGUCCGACAGCCACAACAUCGCCGCAACACUUCUCUCCGAGCAGCUGGCCAAACAGCCCAAUGUUAACCAGACAUCUUGCCCAUGCCCUCCCAACUCAGCCAAUCAGAGCCAACCUCCUGCCCCUCACACUCCUGUUGCAGCCGAUCAGAGCCAGGCCCCUGCCCCCAGCGCUGUCAGUUCCUCCAAUCAGAGCCAGGGCCCAGCAACAUGCCCUCCCAGUCAGAGCCAGGUUGUAACCAAUGCCACAAGUCAACCUCAGGCUUCUGUCUCUCAUCCUCCUGUAGCCACCAAUCAGAGCCAGGCUCCUGGUGCACGCCCCUCUGGUACCACCAGUCAGAGCCAAGCUCCCAGCACACACCCUUCUGCAGCUACCAAUCACAGAGAGGCACCAGCUGUGGCUCCACCAUUAAAAACUCCCACUGUGGACCAGAGCCCAGCAUCACCGCCUACUGCAACGUUCCCGCUGGACUGGAAGACUGAGGAGCUGCCUCGGAACCAGGCCUUCACACCGCGCGUGGCAGCAGCCAUCAGCCCCGCCCUCUUCUUCAUCAUGAGCUCCACUGAAGUUACCUCAGAUAAGUUCCAGUCCCUGAUCAUGGAGGUGGAGAAGUACUGUGGGCAGGCCUCCCCUAGCCAGACCAAACCUCAGCCUGGCGCUGCAUGCUGUGCCCAGUUCUCCGGAGAUAAGAAGUGGUACCGGGCUGUCGUUCUGGACAUUAACAGCUCCAAGGCCAGCGUGAUCUACGCCGAUUUUGGGAACGCGGAGGAGGUUCCGCUCUCCCACAUCCUGCCCAUCCCCAGAGAAUUCCUCCAGAUUCCCCUCAGGAUCGUGCGGUGCACCCUCACUGGUAAGGAGCGCUUCCCCUCUGUGUGGCCUGAAGGCUCCAUGGAGCUCUUUGGGACACUGCUCAGCGGCAAACUCCAGGCCACCGCUCAGGCCUUCGACGGCACCGUCAACCUGCUGGACAUUACCCAUCAGGCCAAGGGGCCUAUCAGUCCACUCCUGCUGAAGAGCCUCCAGGGCCCCCAGGCUGCAGCCAGCGCACCGCAGGCCCCUGAGAGUGGCCCGAAGAAGGUGCCGGAAGCCAAAGAAGUGCUAGGCAGCACCGGCUCAGUCCCUAAUGAUGUUGCUCACAAAGCAUGCUGCUGCAGCGAACUGAAGAACAAGAUGGAGAAGCUUGAAGACCUUAUUGUACAUCUUAUGCAGCAGAUAAACGGAUGGCAGAAUUCUGUGGUGCGCUGAGUUUAAAAAGCCUGUCUUUUAUUUUAAUGUUUUAUUGUUUAUGUUAAAAAAAUUAUGUUGCCCAAGCAAAGAUGACAGGGGCCAUAUAUGUGUGUAUUGACAUUCUAUUUUAUGUUUUUAUUAUUUUAAACAACAUACUCGUUCAUGGGAUACUUGCUGGAAUUGGUAGUUGUCUUGGUCCAGUUACUUUGUUCAUGUUCUGUUCAAAGUACAGUAAAACCAAAAAAGUUCAGUUUGUGUAGUACGUUGACUUGACUUGAUGCACUUGCAUUCCGUGGAUGUAGAUCAUGAACCUUUUCAGGAUUUCCUUGCUUUUCACUGAGCAGAAAACAUUAACUGUUCUUGUUUGGCGUAAAUCAAGUUAGCACCAUUUGUUCUGUUUUCAAAAUCCGUUUGUCCAAAAUUAACACAGUUGUUGAACAUUGUGCCCUCUUGAAAUAAAAACCCUUCGGGUUGUCAUGAAA